GUAUGUACUCAUGACCACCAUGGAAGGCGGCUUCACCGGGGGCGAGGAAUACCAGAGGAACUUCCUGCCAGGGGACUACCUGGCCACCUACUACAAAUUCGAUGGCGGCUCCUCACCGGAGUCAGAGAUGCUCAAGUUUAACAUGGAGUGUUUGCAUCAGACCUUUGGCCCUGACCCCUUUCCUUGUCACAGGGGGCCUCCAAGGAGACACACUGAUCGACAUCGGCACGGGCCCAACCAUCUACCAAGUUCUCUCUGCCUGUGAGUCCUUCAAAGACAUCACUCUGUCUGACUUCACUGACCGCAACCGGGAGGAGCUGGACAAGUGGCUGAAGAAGAGGCCGGGGGCCUAUGACUGGACGCCGGCACUGAAGCUCGCCUGCGAGCUGGAAGGGGACAGUGGCCGGUGGCAGGAGAAGGCAGAGAAGCUGCGUGCCGUGGUGAAGCGGGUGCUGAAGUGCGAUGCCAACCUGGGCAACCCCCUGGCACCCGUGACGUUGCCCCCGGCCGACUGCGUGCUCACCCUGCUGGCCAUGGAGUGCGCCUGCUGCAGCCUGGAUGCCUAUCGCGCUGCACUGCGCAACCUGGCCUCGCUGCUCAAGCCGGGUGGCCACCUGGUGACCACUGUCACGCUUCAGCUCUCAUCCUACAUGGUGGGUGAGCGCAAGUUCUCCUGCGUAUUCCUGAGGAAGGAGGAGGUGGAGCAGGCUGUGCUGGACGCUGGCUUUGACAUUGAGAGGCUCCUGCAUAGUGCCAGGAGCUACUCGGCCAGCACUGCUCCCAACAAGGGCCUGUGUUUCAUCGUGGCCCGCAAGAGGUCUGGGCCCUAAGGCCACCCCUGGCUGCCGGCUGGAAGUGCUGGACCUCCUCCCCAGGGGCUGACAUCCUGGCCUUGGGCUCCAGAGCUUGUAGCAUAGCUGGCUUUAGACUCUCAGAUUGGAAUGUUCCCUCUGCUAACAAGCUGUGCUUAGAUGCCGUUUGACACCGGAUGGUCGUUGCUCAGAUUGCCAAAAAUACAAAAUUUCUAGGCAGGGGCGUAUCAGAAAGCCUUGCACAACUCGCUUCCCACAAAGAAAGGCCUUGAUUUGUGCCUGUUGACCAUUUCCGAGGCAAGCCAACCAUGGUGAACUUUGAGCUGCCAGCGGUUUAGCAACUGACUCCCAGAGCUCAGAAACAUGUUACAUUCGCCUUUCGUAACCCGAUGGGAGUCAGCUUGGCUGUAUUGCUGCCUUCAGGCCAGUGCUGGCAGAUGUAAUGCAUGAAAACACAGAGUGGCCCGUUAACUGACGUGUAAGUCAACAACAUCAAAGGUUUUAGGAUUCGUGUGCCCUCCAAAUUGCACGGAAUACGCUUACCCUAUGUCAUGAUUUGCUGUUGGUGCGAAAUGUAAAUCUGAUAGGUGUCCUGUGCAAAGGCACCUCAAAAAGUCCAUGGAUAAUAGGAAUGAUUUUUAAAAAGAUUUUAUUUAU